GAGUUUUAAUAAUAAUAAGCAGGUUAUUUAUUGUAUUUUAUUAGGCAAACAUGAUAACAGAGAGAAAUUCGUACAGAUUUUGAAGUAUUUAAAAUCUUUGUUUACUCUGAGACACCCAAAAUAACUAGUAGCUAGUACAAAAACAUUCAUUCAACCUAAUGUUUCACUACCGGUCCACAUCUAUUAGCUCUUCAUGACUAUUUCGGAGCACAUUCACUUGGAAAUUCAUUUCUUUGAUGUAUGUUUCGCCCCUCAUACAUUGGAAUGGCUUUAUGGCUCGAAAGUAGAAAGUAGUAGUAGUAGUAUGAUAAGAUUAAAAACUUAUCCGGAUGUCGGUCGAGUUGAGAGAUUUCUACGUUUAAAAAGUGACUACGCUAUUAUUACUCCAGCACAAUUCAUUCAUUCUCUGAUUUUCGAAUGCCAUUACAAAGAUUUCAUCAAUGAUUUGUGGUUUGGUUUCCAGAAUAAUCUAAAAUAUUAAAUAAUAUUUUGACAUAAUUGGAUUUAAAACUUCCAAAUUUUACGGUUAAUCGUCGUAAACUGCGAGUUUUGUUCUUAAAAGUAUCGGAUGGUUUAGUUUUGCAAUUUUGCCUUCGUUUCUUUUCUGGGAUCCAGAUGAGUCUUUGUGUCAUAUUGGUUAGUUACAUCCACUUUUAGAGUGUCAACCGGUUAUUGCCAGUGACCUCAAAGGAAAAAUUGUUAGAUUUUAGUAACAACACCACGACAUUCCGAAAAAAUGUAGGCGCAGGUAAGAACAAAGUUCCUUUUGUGAUCUUAAUUGAUCGUUUUAGGAUAAAUGAUUAGCAUUUGGGUGUUAAUGAUUAUAAUCCUGUCGCACACUACAUUUCGUAUUACCCAUUUUGAUUCUCAAUCUUGAUCAACGGAUAAUAUAUCCAGAAGUUUCACUCGAAUAUAUAAAGAACAAUCCAAAAGUGCAAACAGGUAGUUCAUUUACGAAGCUAAUAGUCUCAAUUUCCAUUUUCGGUGCAUUGUACAUUUAAUCAAUUGUGUAAUUCAUGUAAUUUAUAUGUUAUUGUAUUUCAAAAUCUCUAUAUUUGACGUAAAUUUGCCACUUUAUUUACGCUUUAUCUAAAAAACGCGCUGCUCGACGCUUUUAUUUAGGGAUGGCAGUAAGUCAGUUAUGUAUGCUCAACUUACGUUUCGGACAGAAAAUCAAACACACUGUGUUGCGCGCCAUCUAUCAGGGAAAUAAAAAGUAUUGCCCGCUAUUUCACUUCCAAAAGGGAAGCAACACUUUUUUUAGACUAAAUUUUGAUGUUUCACUAUUCCUUUGUUCUGUUUUCAUUCGCAGUUUCGUAAAAUUUGUAAACAAAAGCCAAAAAGUGUGAAUUUCGUGGAGAAGUAAGGAAAAAAAUUUUACAAAAAUUAAACGAAAGGGCGUUAAACCGCAAUUAAAAAAUUAUAAAGAAAAUUUUCGAAGUGCAAAAGAAUCAAAAGAACAUUUGUGCGAUAAAGUGUAAAGUAAAAAAUAGCUGCUGAGGCCGAACUGACUUCGACAAAUUUUAGCUUUACAUUUUUAGUUAAACAUAAAGGAUAAAACGAGAAAUUUUCUAACAAUAACAACAAAUGCCAAAUCAGGUUUCACUGUGCAUCAUAAAGAUCGAAAUUGACCCACAGCUGAGUGAGGAUUUUGAACCCGGAGCCACAUCUGCUGAACAUCCCACUAAUCCGCGCAUGCUAAAAGAGCGAGAGCGUGAUCGUGGUCUGCGACAAGCCAACCAGAUUGUAAUUGAAACUUACACUAAUCGUUUGUUGGGAGACGUGGACGAAUUACAGCUGGCAGCAGCAGAAACGCAUCAACAGGCAGCAAGUGGAGGUGAAGCUUCUGCACCGAUUGAUAUGAGUGGGGAACGUAAAAGGGAUUUGCGCUCAACAGCUAGUGGUUCGCGUGAAGCUACACCGCUUGAAGAAGGACAAGUUGCACCAGAAUUUCCCAAAGAAAUAGGAUUCUUCUCCGGUAAUCCAGAAGUUACCAAUGGCAUUGUGCAUUUAUACAAGAAAAAUGAGCGUAAGGAAUUAAAAGAGGGGCCAUCCGAUAAGUUGUGCUUGCUCGCGGUGCCUGCCAGUGUAAGCUGUCAUGACUUAAUGGGCUUUGUAGCGCCCUGUCAGUCGACGAUUCGACACAUACGCAUUGUACGCGACGGCAGCCCCAACCAAUUUAUGGUGAUACUCGAAUUUCGUUCGAAUGCUGCCGCCUUAGAGUUUUACCAGUCAUACAAUGGCGCCGCUUAUAAUUUGCUGGAGCCCGACUCUCUAUGUCAUGCCGUAUGGGUAUCGGCAAUUGAACGCGGUGGAGAUGGUGUGACACCAACUGGUCACACUGAGCUGCCCAAUUGUCCAGUUUGCUUGGAGCGUAUGGACGAGAGCGUUGAUGGCGUAUUGACUAUACUAUGUAAUCAUGCCUUUCAUGCCAACUGCCUUAUCAAAUGGGGUGAUUCCACAUGUCCUGUCUGCAGGCAUGUGCAGACCCCCGAGUUGCUUGAGAACUCUGUUUGCAUGGAGUGUGAGGGCACAGAUUCCCUAUGGAUUUGUCUAAUUUGCGGUCAUGUCGGCUGUGGGCGCUACCAAGGUGGACACGCUGCGGCACAUUAUCGCGCCACGAAUCACACUUUUGCCAUGCAGUUGGGCACAUCGAGUGUCUGGGACUAUGCUGGGGACAAUUUCGUACAUCGUCUUUUCCAAAACAAGACUGAUGGCAAACUGGUAGCUACUGCUAACGACGAAGGCGAAGAAAAGAUCGAUUCAAUGCAACUAGAAUUCACAUAUUUGCUCACCUCGCAACUGGAUACGCAGCGCAAAUAUUAUGAAGAUCGCUUAGAUCGCCUGGAAAUGGAGUGGCGGGACUUCAAAGCCAGCGCUGACAACGAUAGCAGCAAAGUGAGCGCGUUAGAGCAGAAAGUGCAAACACUGACCAAGGAAAAACAGAUAUUAGAGCGCAAGUUGACACAAAAUGCUACAAAGUUGAAGGACAUGCAAAAGCAGCUCGCCGAGGAGCGUGAGUUCUCCAAAACGUUGCAGAGCAAUCAUAGCUCUUGGCAAACCAAAUAUGCAACACUCGAAAAACAAUAUAAAGAAUACAAGGAGGCGCGAGAAGCUGAGCUGAAUGAUGUCAAGGAGCAACUGCGCGACAUUAUGUUUUAUAUGCAGGCACAGAGCAAAAUCGCCGAUUCCGAGUUGAAGGAUGAGAUUGUUGGUGGCACGGUAGUGAUGCCUGAAGCAGAAGCAAGCACUUCCACUGGAAAAGCCGCCAGACGAAAGAAGAAGCAUUAAUUUGUAAAACUAAAUUAGGCUUUCCUUAUGUUUUUUUGGAGACUAUAAAGAACUUUCAUCAUAACUUAAAAGCAUACAGACGUAAAGUUAAUGCUAUUUUUAGGAUGUAAGCAUUUAAGAAAUAAAACAUUAUAAUAUGAAUGCUAAUAAAUAGCUUUAUACAAACAUA